GCGAACCGCAAGCUGCGACCAAGACGGGCAUGUAAAACAAACAUUCGUUGGUUGUUUUGCACAUUACAUUAGGUUCUCAUUCGAGUAUUUUAUUUUCGCCGAUUUUGAACAAGAUACAACUGUUAUCAAGCAACAAUAUAUAGGUAGAAAAUAUAAAAACAACGUUUCUGGAACUGCUUCGAUGUGCUUUUACUUUCAAUCACCACAGGGAGGCGAAGUUGUGCCUCAUUUCGUGGGGAAGCCCCCGUUGGUUUCCCCAUCCUUUUUCUCCCUCCCAGUCUCCGUCUGUCUCUUCUGCCUCUGGAUCCCGCAGUGUUCUUCCAAAGUCUGCUUGCUAGCUGCUGGUGUAGAGUUGGUUUAGCCAGCGUAAGCUUUCUAGCUAUCAUGGCCGCCGGAGUCCAAAUCUGACUGUUAUUUUUCUCCUCUUCCUCCCCUUCCGUCAUCCUCGGGGGGACUGAAGGAAUUAUCCAGCCCCCAACAAGGACUUAUUUGGAAUAAACAUAUUUAUUAAGGAAUACACCAUUCAUGUCAAUGCUUAAACAUGCAGCCUCCACCGAGAAAGGUAAAAGUGACUCAGGAGCUGAAGAACACUCAUAUAGAGCAAAUGACCAGACUGCAUCUCAAACAUCAGACAGAAUGUGACCUGCUGGAGGACAUGAGGACAUACAGUCUGAAGAAGGGCCAGUUGGAGAGGGACUAUGCCCAGGCUCUGCAGAAACUGGCCAGUCAGUACCUGAAGAGGGAUUGGCCAGGCGUCAAACCGGACGACCAGCGCACAGACUACAGGAACGUGUAUGCUGUGUGGAGGUCCUAUCUCGAGGGGACGGUGCAGGUGACCCAGUCUCGAAUCAACGUGUGUGACAACUACAAGAACGAGAUCUCUGACCCCGCAAAAACUGUACGGUUAUACAAGGAACAGCAGCUCAAAAAGAGUAUAGAACAGCUCAAUCGUAUCCAGGUGGAGCUUCAGGACUCUGUGAAGGACCUGGCCAAGGCCAAGAAGAAAUACUAUGACUCAGAACAGGUUGCCCACGCAGUACGGGAGAAGGCUGACAUCGAGGCCAAGUCUAAGCUGGGCCUGUUUCAGUCGAGGAUUAGUUUACAGAAAGCCAGCGUCAAGUUGAAAGCUAAGAGGAGUGAUUGUAACUCUAAAGCGACCCAUGCCCGGAAUGACUACCUUUUAACCCUGGCAGCAGCCAACGCUCACCAUGACCGCUACUAUCACACUGACCUGCUGCACUGUAUACAGGCAUUGGAUGGGGGGAUAUAUGACCAUGUAAAGGACUAUCUGAUGUCCUUCUGUCGUACAGAGCUGGAGGCCUUUCAGGCAAUACACAACACUUUCCAGUUCCUCCUCGACAAGUCCAGCAGGGUGGUGCAGGAGUUCAACCAGCAGCUGUUCAUGCAGGAGAACCCUGUGUUCCACAAAGCACAAGACUUCCUGUUUCAACCCAGCGACUGUGACACGACUCUGAGCUCGGUGCAGAAGUUGGUGGACAUUGAACCUUCGCCUGUCAGUGCCAUGAGAAUGACCCUGGCGCAGAGUCGCAAGUUGGAGUCCGACACGGGGAGUCAGACAGAGGAGCAUAGCCUGAACAAGGAGGCCAGGAAGUGGGCGACCAGAAUUGCCCGGGAACACAAGAACAUUAUCCACUACAAGAGAAGCUUGGAGGAGUGUGAGACUCUGGGAGUGCCUCCGUCUGAGCAGGGCCGGCUCGAUCUGGAACUGAAGAUAGACGAAACCAAAGAGCACCUACGCAAGGCUGAGACAGUAAAGCUGAAGGCAGAGGCUCGUCUGGACCUGCUGAGACAGGUGGGCGUUGCCGUGGACACCUGGCUGAAGAGCGCCAUGAACCAGGUGAUGGAAGAGCUAGAGAAUGAACGCUGGGCAAACUACACUACCCACGAUCCCUCACUCUCGGGCCCGGUUGAUUUGGAGCGCUCGGAGGGCGAGGAGGGCGAGGAGAACAUGGAGGUGUUUGAUGACAGCAGCUCUAGCCCUUCUGGGACUCUCAGGAACUACCCUCUCACCUGCAAGGUCCUCUACUCAUACAAGGCGUCACAGCCAGAUGAGUUGACUAUAGAUGAACACGAGAUGUUGGAGGUCAUAGAGGACGGGGACAUGGAGGACUGGGUUAAGGCGAGGAAUAAGACGGGGCUCAUUGGCUACGUUCCGGAAAAGUACCUUCAGUUCCCAACGUCCAACAGCCUUCUGAGCAUGCUCCAGUCCCUGGCGGCUCUGGACACGCGCUCGCACACCUCAUCCAACUCCACCGAGCCGGAGACGCACACGACCACCGUCAACGGAGACGCCAGCUUGAGUUUUGUGCGGGCGCUGUACGACUACGAGGGCCAGGCUGACGAGGAGCUGUCGUUCCCCGAGGGGGCCGUCAUCCGCCUGCUCAACAGAGACACCCAGACGGAUGACGGAUUCUGGGAGGGAGAGUUCAACGGACGGGUGGGCGUCUUCCCUUCCGUGCUGGUCGAGGACCUGAUGGAGAAUGGAGGCCUCACCCUGAUCUCUCCGUCCCCCAGGCUGCCCUCGGCGCUCCCCCCCCUUCCCCUGUACGACCAGCCUCCCUGCAGUCCCUACCCAAUCCCAGACACCCCCACCCCUCCCCCUCUCCCUCGAUCGCCCUCAGUCAACGGGGAACACAAGCCGCCGCCUGCGACGCUCAAGGGCCUCGUUCACAAUCAUAGUUCUGCUCUGAGUCCGGAGUCUCAAGGGUUCCCCCAGCCCCUCCGGAUAACACCUGACGGAGGGCCCAGCAAGCUUCGACCAGUCCGGGCAGCUCCCCCACCUCCCAAACAGAAGCCCCGCAAACAGGCAGAGAAGACCGAGGAGGUGGAGAUCACACUGGUGUGAGGGAGACGGAACAGCGCCGCUCUGGUGGCCUUGAGGACUGAACCCCUAACCGGACUGCGUCUGUAACCUCUGAUACCUGAAACUCCCCGUCUCCCAACCUCUCCUCCUUUGCCUCCCUCAGCUGGGUGGAAGAUGGUGCAGUCUCCUAACAACACGGCACAGCAGCCCCUCUCUCCUCGUCUUCCUCCCGAUGGCGGACUGUCUGUUGCCUGAACUUUGGUCUCUCCUGGCAGCCAUUUUGAAUAAAAGGAAUUCAGAAUUUGGGGGAGGGGGGUGGGGGGUGGCAUUCGUGAGUUGUGUGGGAUAUGUGAGCUGGGUUUUUCCUGUUCUUGCCAUAUAUAGUUCUAUCAUACGUAUUUAAUGUGUAUUAGUACAGUACAUUACUGUAGUCAUAGGAAUGUUCCGGAUUACGCGCAACGUUUCAUAUUAGCCUACCCCGCUGAAUGGAGUAUCUAUUUGAUAUGUAGUAGUUUAUCCAUAUCGCAACCUGAAAGGGCAUCGUAUAUACAGUUAAAGCGGUCGGUGAGGUGGGGAAGGGAGGGAUAGAGAGAGGGGGGAGGGAGAGAGGGAGAGUGUCGUGUGGGGCUGGAUCCCACCUAAACCUUCUCUCCAACACACCCCUUCCAUUCUUUCUCUAAAAGUCUUUCUUUCUCUAAAGGUUGUUCUGUCUGUGCAGUUUGUAAGGAUCAGUGGUAACCACUUGUACACAAACAACACACACACACACACACAACCCCACACGAACACACACACAGGUCUUCUCAGUUUCAUCCUCUGGUGAGCAGUAUGUGUAUCGCUAAUAUUUAGUCCUCAAAAGGAAGCGCAGUGCAUUGAAGACUGAAACAGUUCUAAAGGAAGCGCAGUGCAUUGAAGACUGAAACAGUUCUAAAGGAAGCGCAGUGCAUUGAAGACUGAAACAGUUCUAAAGGAAGCGCAGAGCAUUGAAGACUGAAACAGUUCUAAAGGAAGCGCAGAGCAUUGAAGACUGAAACAGUUCUAAAAGCUGCUAGAGGGGAACCAUUCUAUUCUAAGAAGUAAGGCGUUUUCCCUUGUGACCGUACCUCCUUUCAGCCUUCUGGUAAUCCCCCAUCUCUCCCAUUCCUUUUCUCUCUUUCCUGUGCAGUCUGUGUGGGUGGGUAGUUUGGGUUGGGAAGUGAAAUGCUCAGAACUGACCUAGAGGUCGACCGUAGGACAGCAAGUGGAAAAGUAAGCAAUAGAGUGAAAAUGGAGGGAAUAGAAAACAGUGGCAACACAUAAGCACAGAACAGGAGAAGUUGCUUUCUGUCCUAUUUCUUUAUUUUAGAUUUUUUUUUUAAGACAUUAGUAUUUCAACCUGAAUGUCAAUUUUGUUCCAUUCAGCUUUCUCGUGUUGUGAUUUUGCCUCCACGUCUUACCCAGUGAUUACCUCAAAACGAACAAUCAAUGAAACAAUCAAGUCACUAAGUGACAUAUCAACCACCUUCCCACUGAUAACAUAUUGGAUCGGGCGUCACUUAACUUUUUCAUUUUGACCCCUUGAACUUUGGCAUAUGAUGUCGUGGAUUUUAAAAGCACUUCAGAAUGACGUAUCUCAUUCAAACCCAGCUAUUGACUCGCAAAUUUCACUGAUACCUAAUACCGUGAAUUAAUCCAGGUAGAAGAUUCAACUUAAAUCAGACUUUCUGUAUCUUACAGUUCAACCCAACCUAAAGGGACAUCAUAGCACUUUUAUUCCCUUGCCAUUUAUUUUUAUUCUCUUGUAUGUAUUUCUGUUCUUGUUCAGUGUUGUUCUCAUUCUGGCUGCACCUCGCUGAACCCUGACUCUGUAACAUGCUUUACAGAAGGCAGAGAACCAUUUCUUCCAGAAAUUAAGAUGCAGCAGAAUGGUGUUA